GUAAACUUUAAUUGAAGUGUCGUUACGUGCCGUUACCGUUGAUCUGUCGCCGGUUGAGGAUUUAACUCAGUGACGAAGGAGCCGUUACACCGUGAGAGGAAAUGGCGGCAGACCGAGCCGACGGAGACAGAGAGUCAGACGGGGACAUGGACGGAGACUCCAGUAAAGUCAGCCCUCUGCUGGGCGAAGACGACUUCACGGAGUCCUGUGGCAAAGAGAUGGCUCUGCUGACUCUGAUGGAGAGGACGGGAUAUGACAUGGUGCAGGAGAACGGACAGAGGAAGUACGGAGGACCGCCGCCAGGCUGGGAGGGCCCGGCCCCGCCGCGGGGCUGCGAGGUGUUUGUGGGGAAGAUUCCCAGAGACAUGUACGAGGACGAGCUGGUGCCUCUGUUCGAGAGAGCCGGAAGGAUCUACGAGUUCAGACUGAUGAUGGAGUUCAGCGGAGAGAACCGCGGCUACGCCUUCGUCAUGUACACCAGCAGAGAGUCGGCUCAGAGAGCCAUCCAGAUGUUGGACAACUACGAGGUCCGUCCAGGGAAGCUCAUCGGAGUGUGUGUGAGUCUGGACAACUGUCGCCUCUUCAUCGGCUCCAUCCCCAAAGACAAGAGGAAGGAAGAGAUCAUGGACGAGAUGACCAAGGUGACAGACGGGGUGGUGGAUGUGAUCGUGUACCCCAGCUCUUCUGACAGGAGCAGAAACAGAGGCUUUGCCUUCGUAGAGUAUGAAUCGCACAAAGCAGCAGCCAUGGCCCGCAGGAAGCUCAUACCUGGAACCAUCCAGCUAUGGGGUCAGUCCAUCCAGGUCGACUGGGCGGAGCCUGAGAGAGACGUGGAUGAGGAGGUCAUGCAGCGUGUCAGAGUCCUCUAUGUGCGUAACCUGAUGCUGUCCACCAGUGAAGAAACUCUCCGUCGGGAGUUCUCCUGCUUCAAACCAGGCUCUGUGGAGCGCGUCAAGAAGCUCACAGACUACGCCUUCGUUCACUACCGCAGCAGAGACGACGCCAUCACUGCGCGGAGCCUCAUGAAUGGAGCCCAGAUUGAUGGAGCCACUGUGGAGGUGACACUGGCAAAGCCUGCAGGGAUGAAAGAGGGGAGUGUCGCAGGGAGGAGGUCCAACAGCAGAGGAUACGUGGGAAACAAUGCAGGAGGAGGAGGAGGGUAUGGGACGUUUGGCUUGUGCAGGAGUGAUGAGGGGAUGAUGGGAGGAGCUGACGACACUUGCUCCCCUCUGAGGACAGUGCCCCUGCCGCCUCGCCUGGGAAGCCCCUUCUACUCAGGAGUAGGAGAGAACCCAGACAGGUGUGUGUUCCCCCUGUACCCCGGCACCCCCCUCACCCCCACCAGCCUGCUGUCACUGAAGCAGAGUCAGAUCAGCUCCGCCGUCACUCUGCUCGAAUUCUACUGCUACAAGAACCACUGGUCUCUGCCUGAGUACCACCUGUACUCCACACCGGGGCAGGACGGGAAGCUGCUGCUCCUCUACAAGGUGAUGAUCCCAUCAACACAAAGCACCUUCAUCCCAGACAAGCUGUGUGUGCUGCUGGAUGAUGCCAAAGAACUGGCCGCACAGACGACCCUGUGGAACCUCGACUCAUCCAUCCUGAGCUCAGUGGCUUCCUGUGAUUCCCCCAGCAGCUCUUCUCCUCCGCUCCCCGCCCCCCCCUCCGCCACCACUCCCGGGAUGCUGACCUGCGGCGGCAGAGCCUUCGCCUCCUGCCUCUCUCCUCCUCCUCCUCCUCCCCCUCUCUCUCCCUUCACCCUGUCUCCUGCCCUCUCCUCUCUUUCCUCGCUCCCCCCGGCUGCCUCCCAAACUCCAAGGCUCUACAUCAACUCCCAGUCGCCUUUCUACUGACGGAGGAUUCAGCGGUGAGGGAAGCAUCUGAGGACGAGGACGAGGAGGAGGAAAGGCAGGCCUGUCUCUAUUAUGAUUACACCUCCACAUAUUUCCCCAAACACACAGUCCAUCUGUUUGUUUCGGCUCUGUGCUAAAUGUAAUCUCAGUCCGACGAUCAGCCGCUCGGCUUCUCCUCUCUAUCACCUCUGAUUCUGAAAACUAAACACAACAAAGGCAGACGCUGCUCAGAUCCCACAGAAAGACAUCCAGCUGAUAAAAUAUGUUUUCUUGACCUCUGGUAAAUGUCAGUGUCCUCCUCCUCUCCUCCUCUCCUCCUCUCUGGCUUUAUUUUCCUUCAGUCAUCUCAAAGUACCCACAAGGCAUCACAUCCAUACUUCAGAUAUCAAUGUUGAAACAAACCUGCCGUCAAAUCUCUGCUGUUUUGUGUCAGUUUAAUAUACUUUUCAAAGGAAACUCGUCCAUUUGAGAACAAAGUCUGCCAGAAUUUUCAUUCAGAGACACAUGAGAUUGUUUCCUCCGUAACAACCGAACUGAUCGUCUCCUCGGUGAACGUGUUUAGGCUGAAACGUAAAGUUGUUGGACCGUCGUACACAGCUCUGUUGGAGUGAACAACACAGAAAGUAUUUAGUGUCCAAAGGAUGGAGAGAUUAAAAGACGAGAUUUUCCACUACAUUAAAAUCUGAUUUCCAUUUUCCUUUCAUCCUCCCAUUACACCACUCGUCUCCUGAGAGAGCUAAAAACAGAGAGACGACGAAGGAGGAGGACUUAUCUAUCUUCUUCUUUCAGAGGAAUGUUUGUGGCGACUCAUCUCCUUUCAUGUUUGUGUUGACCUGAGUUAUGUGAGGGCAGGAAGAGAGGCCACAAAGUGUCCGUCCAGUCGACGGUCAGCCUCCUGAGAGUCGACAUCGAUCAACACAAACAAAUCUUAAAGUAAGAAACCAAGAGCGGGAUAUUUCUCACCAUGUCUCUUAAUUCACUCGACCCACCUCACACUUCAGAAAUAUGAGGAUGAAGGAAAAAAGAGGGAAGAUUAAAAAUGUUUUUACACCAGACCGAGUUCUUGGUCUCGUUUUAGUCGAAUGUAAACCACGCUCACCGAGGAAGCAGACCAAGCAAAGAGAGUACUCCGUUAGAUGUGUUUCUGUUGCCUCAUUUGAUGGUUUCCUCGUCAUGCUUUCACAUUACAAUCGUGUGGAAAAUAAAUAAAAUCGGGAAAUUACCAGUAAAACAAUUUCAAUGACAUGUGUCGGUCUCAUUAAAACACAGAGAUCCUGGGAGUUUAUCAAGGUUAGUUUCAAUUCUGCAAUAAAAAUGAAUUCAUUAAAAACAAAUUCAAAAAAGAAUAAAUAAAACAUCCAGUAAUUGAAAAGAUGUAAUAGAUUACUUUCAAGAUCCUGAGACUUUUAUCCCCCUUAAAUUCAACAAUUACAAAUCUACUCAUGAAAAACAAAUGAAGUAGAAAAUAAAGACAAGUUUGAAUCGAUAAAAAAUAAAUUUAAUAAAUGAUCCUGGGCCUUUCUGGGAAAUUCUGCAAUUAAAAAUUUAAAACACAACACAACAACAAAUAAAAACAGAAUAAAUGAAUAAAAACUAAAGUAAAUGAAUUGAAAGAUUCUGGGAUUUUUAUAAACUUUAAAUUUGGCAAGUUUAAAUAUUACAAAAGUUGAUUUAUUAAAAAAAUAAUAAAAAUAAAAAUAAAUAAAACAUACAGACAAAAAUAUGUGAAUAAAUUAAAAGAUCCGGGAACUUUUAUCAACUUUAACUUGAAAAGUUUAAAUUCUAAAAUUAAAAACUCACCAAUUAGAAACAAAUGAAUAAAAAUAAAUAAAACAUGCAUGAAUAAAAAAGAUCUGGGGACUUGUUUCAACUUCAAAUUGGACUAGUUUAGAUUCUGUAAUUAAUUAAUGUAUUAAAAAAUUAAAAGAAAACUUCAAAUUUUGCACAUUAAACAAGUAUAAAUUGGACACUUAAGGUGCUGAGUAUUUAGGUGCCAUAUAUUUAAACCGGGCUACUUUAAAUUCAACAAAUUUAAAUUUUACAAUCAAAAAAAAGGAAUGAAAAAACGAACUUAAUUAAAAAUACGUGCUGAAUAUUUUUUGAUGCUGAUUUUAAAAGAAUAUUUAGAUGGCAUUUAUUUAAAUGUUAAUACAUUUAAUCCAACAGCAGAGAUCACCCAGAAGGUUUCAAAAUGACAUUCAAACUUUUUUAUUUUAUUGUGUUGAAAACAACAUGCACAGGAAAUAGUUGAAAAAGUAAAAUAUGAGAAGUCCAACUACUUGAAACAGUUUUAAAGAGUUUUAGUUUGGUUAUUGAGAGCCGGAGAGGAGGAGGACGUUUCUUCAUCAGAGGCAGAGCAGACUCACUGAAGUCACGGACAUGGUUUUAUUUUAAAGGCUAAAUAGGAACAAACAUUACAAAUGUUACAUUCACACUGUAAUUGGAUGAAUCGGAGAGUUUGGGGGAAAAUGAAGUGGCUCAGGUUUGAGGGGUGAACUGGUGUUAUUGGUCUGUUUGAAGGAACAGGUUUAAUGGUUUUUCUUUAUGUUCAUGUUUAUUGAUUUCAGACUGAUGAGUGUUCAGGUAAAUGUUUCUGUGUAUAUUUAUACCAUCACUGUUUGAACAGUUUUACAGUCAGUCAGAGUGUUUUAUGAUCCUUCAGUUCGCUCUGUUUCAGUGCUCAUUUAAAGUUCAGUGUGUGUGUGUGUGUGUGUGUGUGUGUGUAGAGUUGUGCUUGUAGCUCCUCAGCACGUCUCUCAGGUGUCAUUUAUUAAAAACACAUUUCUGUUUGUUGAAUUAAUUUCGAGAGUUUAAAAGUACAGAGAUUCUUACAUCAACAUUUUCCUUUUGUCCCUGAUGUUUUUUAUUCAGUGAACAAAUUCAAAAACACAGCGAUUUUUUUUUUUUUCAUGUGUUUUUAAUCUAAAACUGUGUAUUGAAUUGAAUUGAAUUACUGAUUGAAUUACUGAUGCUAAUUAAUAAUUAAAGGAAACAUAAUAAUUACAACAACAGUAUUUUAACAAAAGGCCUUUUAUCCAACAAUCCACAGAACAAAAAAUCAGGAAAUCAUCACUAAAAGAAUGAUCUGUAAAUAAAUGUCACCCUAUUUAUUUAAACUUUAGUGUCACGCCCACUUUAAAUUAAAAACAACGAAUGAAGAGUUUGAUUUCAAAAUAAGAGCUCAGCACUGAAUUUAUUGUGAGAGUGAAUCUGUUUCUGUCAGUGAUGAAAGUGA